GAGUCUAAAGAAGUCGGAUGCCUAUUGCCAUUGCUGUUUCAGCAAGAAGUUGUGGAAGAUAUGUUAUCUAAAGAUGGUUUACUUGUGUUGGGAAGAGGGUUAGGCUGGGAGAUAAUAGCAGCCAAUCUACUAUACGCGUUGAGUUCCCCUUCUAUAUCUCUUGUGACUGGAGACAGGCAGGAAAGUAAAAGAAGCUUGGUACUCUUGGUGAAUGCUAAAGAAGAAGAAAACAUUAAGUUAAGCGAUAUCUUAACUGAACUCCAUUGGGCAAAUACAACAUCUAUUAAUCGUUCAUCACCUGAAAACGAAGGUGCUAGACUGAGUGAUGAAUAUGACGAAUUGACUGACCUGGAUCGAUCACCUCUUACAAUUAUUGGUGGUGAUAUUACUAGUGCCGAUAAGCGUAGGCGAACUUACGAUUGCGGAGGGACUGUCUCUGUAACUUCUAGAGUUUUGGUAGUGGACUUGUUAUCGGGUAUUUUAUCACCUCAUGAUAUUACUGGGCUUUUCAUUUUACAUGCUGAACGAAUAAAGGAAACAUCUAAUGAAUCUUUUAUUGUGAACUUAUACCGUGAUACAAAUGACUGGGGGUUUGUCAAAGCUAUAUCUGAUAAACCCGAAGCAUUUACGGGCUUUACUCCUUUAGCUACUAAUCUUAAAUACUUAAGAUUGUCAAAUGUAUUCUUAUGGCCUCGUUUUCAUGUUGAAGUUUCUUCUUCCUUAACGUAUAAGGGUAAACACUCAAGACAACAAAAGCUCGAAGCAGACAGAAGUCGUUAUGUUACAGAAAUCAAUGUUCAAUUAUCUACGAACAUGAGGAAAAUACAAUCCGCUUUAUUGGCAUGUAUACAGUCCUGUUUACAAGAGUUGAAAAGGCAUAAUCCAUCAUUAGCUACUGAAUAUUGGGAUAUGGAGAAUAUCCAUGAUAUCGAUUUUGUCCCCAGAAUAAGGAUUUCGUUAGAUUCACAAUGGCAUAGAAUUACAUGGACUUCAAAACAAUUAGUAUAUGAUUUAGCAACUUUGAAGGAUUUACUUAGUGAUUUAUUGGUUGUUGAUUCGUUGACGUAUUAUCAAACUGUACAAAGUCUAGUUAAUGUUCAAGCAAAGUCUGAAGCAGUAGGAAUGACAACUACAGCAAACCUGCAACCUUGGCUAGGAGUUCCAGAAGCCGAUACCGUUAUAUCUCGUGCAAGGGACAGAGCAUUCCGGGAAACUAAAAUUUCAAAAUCAAAAGAUACAAUACAAUCUGCGGGUAUUGAGGUUAAUGAUCUUGAUGAAGUGAAAGAGGAUCAACUGAACUACUAUAUCCGUAACUAUGUUUUAGAAGAGCAACCCAAAUGGGAUCAACUAGGACUACUUCUUGAUGACAUCAUGUAUGAAAAAUCGCACAAUAACAAUCCAAGAACCGAUGGUCCUGUUCUUAUUAUGUGUUCCAACACUAGAACUGCUAAACAAAUAAGUAAUUUAAUACCGAAGUUGAAAAAGGAAGAAAACAGUAUGACUGGCAAAAAAAGGUUUAGUGCAAAGAAAUAUAUGGUUUCGAAGUUGAGGGAUUAUAGAGCUUGGAGAGAGACCAUAUAUGCAACAAGGAGAAUCAAAGCUGAUAUGGAUAAACAAGAUGAAACUGGUGCGGCGGGAGAUACAGAAGGGACAAAUAACGAAGAAUUGCAAAUGUCUAAGACGUUUACUCGUGGUAGAGGAACACCAUUGAGCAAAAGAAGGAGAACUCGAGGGGCUUCCAGUGUUGCAAAUGUCCAAAGACUUUAUUCUGGAUCGGUCCAAGAGAAGAAUUCUGAGCCAGUAGAUCUCGAUGAUGAAAUUAUAGAAAACCUUGAGAAUGAAGUUGGACAAAGCGACGAUGAAGGUGACUUUGAUAUUGAGGAUGAAGAAAAAAUAUUCGAAAGUAUUGGUAAAAAUGAUGAAAUUCAAGAACACAUUGAUAUAUUUGACCAGAUUAUUGUUGAAUCAUACGAUGAAGCUAUUAAUGAUGCAUUAUUGCAGGAAAUAUCCCCCGCUUAUAUUAUAAUGUAUGAACCAAGUUUGUCAUUUAUAAGAAGAGUUGAGAUGUAUCAAGCCAUUAAUAGGGAUACACCAGCAAGAACUUACUUCAUGUAUUAUGGGACUUCAGUCGAAGAACAAAGUCAUUUAUUAAAUAUUAGAAAAGAAAAGGAAGCUUUCACCAAAUUAAUUAGAGAGAAAGCAUCAUUGAGUAAGAAUUUUGCAACCGAAGUUGAUAAUUGGAAAUUUCAAUUACAAAAGAAACAAGCUGUUAAUACUAGGAUAGCAGGAGGAGCAAGGUUCAGAAGUGAUGAUGAUGAAAUGCAAGUGGUUGUUGAUGUAAGAGAAUUUAGGUCAGCAUUACCAAAUUUGCUUUAUAGAGUUGGUAUUAAAGUUGUUCCAUGUAUGAUUACAGUAGGUGAUUAUAUUGUCUCACCCAAGAUAUGUAUCGAAAGAAAGGCGAUUCCUGAUUUAAUAUCAAGUUUCAAGAGUGGGAGAUUAUACACUCAGUGUGAGCAGAUGUUCAGACAUUAUGAAAUGCCUACUUUAUUGAUUGAAUUUGAUGCCAAUCACUCAUUUUCAUUUGAACCCUUUUCCGAGACUAAUCGAAAUAAGCUGGCACCUACGAAUCCAAUAGCUGCUAAGCUCGUAGGGCAAGAUAUACAAUCCAAGAUCAUAAUGUUGCUAAUUGCGUUUCCUAAACUUAAAAUCAUAUGGUCAUCAUCGUCAUACGAAACCGCACAAAUAUUCUUGGAAUUGAAGUCCAAUCAAGAGGAACCGGAUAUUGCCAGUGCCAUAUCGAAGGGAGUUGAUUCACAGAUUAAGAGCAAUGAUGGCGGACCACCAAUGUAUAAUGAUGAUGCCAUUGACCUUUUACAGAAUAUCCCCGGUAUCAAUAAUGUCAAUUAUUAUAAUGUAAUUCAAAAAGUAAGGAGUAUUGAAGACUUGGUUCAGUUGCCACUAGAGGCCUUUUAUGAACUUCUUGGUCAAGAAAAUGGGAAUAAGGCAUUUAACUUUAUAAGUAAUGCAGUUAAGUAAGAUAAU